CAUUGUUGUGUUGGUUUUGGAGAACAGAUCUUUUGAUCACAUGAUUGGGUGGAUGAAGAACUCUAUCAACCCAUCAAUCGAUGGUGUCACAGGUAAAGAAUGCAACCCAGUUUCAACCAAAGACCAAGACCACCCUCAAACUCAAUCCAUCUGUUUCAAAGAUGAUGCUGAGUUUGUGGAUCCGGAUCCGGGUCACUCAUUUGAAGCUGUUGAACAACAGGUAUUUGGGUCUGGUCCCAUCCCUUCAAUGACUGGCUUUGUAGAACAAGCUCUUUCCAUGUCUCAGAACCUCACUGAAACUGUAAUGAAAGGCUUUAAACCCCAAAAUGUGCCGGUUUUCGCAGCUUUGGUUCAAGAAUUUGCUGUUUUUGAUAGAUGGUUCUGUUCAAUUCCGGGUCCAACCCAACCCAAUAGGCUAUUUGUGUACUCAGCAACCUCUCAUGGCUCAACAAGCCAUGUCAAGAAACAAUUAGCUACAGGGUACCCACAACAGACCAUAUUUGAUUCACUUCAUGACAAUGGGUUCAAUUUUGGUAUAUACUUUCAAAACAUACCCACAACGUUUUUCUAUAGAAAUUUGAGGAAAUUGAAGUACAUAUGCAAGUUCCAUCUGUAUGGUUUGAAGUUCAAGAAAGAUGCUAGAGAUGGUAAGUUACCUAACUUGUCGGUGAUCGAGCCGAGAUACUUUGACAUAAAGGGACUGCCUGCAAAUGAUGAUCAUCCAUCACAUGAUGUUGCUAAUGGGCAGCAGCUAGUGAAGGAGGUUUAUGAGACACUGAGAGCUAGUCCUCAGUGGAAUGAGACACUGUUGGUUAUUACUUAUGAUGAGCAUGGUGGGUUCUAUGACCAUGUGCAAACACCUUAUGAAAAUGUUCCCAAUCCAGAUGGGAACACUGGGCCUGCUCCAUAUUUCUUUAAGUUCGAUCGGCUCGGAGUUCGUGUCCCAACAAUUAUGGUCUCUCCUUGGAUCAAGAAAGGAACUGUCAUAAGCAGCCCAAAAGGACCUGCUCCGAAUUCAGAAUACGAGCAUUCUUCGAUCCCUGCGACGAUAAAGAAAAUGUUCAACCUGUCCUCUAACUUCUUGACUCACAGAGAUGCUUGGGCUGGCACGUUCGAGCAGGUUGUUGGAGAAUUAGCCUCUCCCAGAACUGAUUGCCCAGAGGUCCUGCCAGAUGUGGCUCCAUUGAGAAGAACAGAAGCAGAUGAAAAUAGGGGGUUGUCCGAGUUUCAGAGCGAGGUAGUCCAACUGGCUGCUGUUCUUAAUGGCGACCACUUUCUGAGCAGUUUUCCAGAUGAGAUGAGCAAGAAAAUGAAUGUCAAGGAAGCUCAUGAGUAUGUAAGGGGUGCCGUGUCGAGGUUUAUAAGGGCAAGCAAAGAGGCCAUCAAGUUGGGUGCAGACCAAUCUGCCAUUGUCGACAUGAGGUCCUCCCUCACCACCAGAUCUCCACUCCACAACUAAUCAAAAUCAUCCUACCACCCAUUUUGUUCUUCUUGUCUCAACGUUUCUAGUUGAUAUACACUUUAGGAAUGUCUGUUCUUAGUUAGCGAACCCAUAAAAAGAAAGCUAGUCAAAAGUCAUUUGGUUGGUUGCUUCUGUGGCCUUUCCAAGCAUUGAACCAAAACAGCUUGCUUGAAGUAACCCGCUUCUUAAAGCUGUUUUUAAAAAAUGUUUUAUGAAGUCGAGUUUCUGUGCUUGCAUCAUAUAAUCAAUCCUCUGUUUAUCUUGAAAGAUGGCAAUGGACUUUCAUAAAUAAUUACCUUUGCAGCAAUUGAGAGAUAUUGAGCUGUAACUGUUGUUAAUCUUGGUUGGUGUUCAGAAUCAAUGGUUAUGUAGACAGUUCCUCA